CCGCCCGACGAUCCUACACAACACUAAAGACCCUUUUUCAGGGUCCCUCGGAUCGAAAUGCUCCGCAGGAAAUGAGCCUUGCACGACUAGUACAUAGUCUCUACCCCCGGACGCGUGUAGACAACAACAUAUAAGGACCUGGGGAUGGCGUCCAAACCCUCCCACCCCCCCGGUUGGUAUCUAUCUAGUCUGACUUCACCAUGGCUACUACUUGUCAACAAUCUUCUUUCUCUCCCAAUCCCACUGCGAACUCCUCAUGGGAACCAAGUGCUUCCCACAUCUACCAGAUCUCUAACACAACGUUCCGGCACCACUACAACGUGGCCACCUCCGCGGGCGCGCAGCUCUACCGGGUGGAAAACUCUCCCCUCCGGCCCAACAAGCCGGACCUCACGGUCCAUGCCGGGUCUGACAACACUGGCCCGAUUGUGGCCGUUUGCAAGUUUCUGCAUCUCUCAAGACAUUUAAAGGUCGGCUUGGGGGAUCCUAGCACUGUCAAUCUCAUCAGUUACGAGGACCUGCUUGCGCAAGACCACCGGCACGCCAAGUAUCGCUGGCAGAUGACCAUGCAGUCUGCUCAGGGAUAUGAAUGGCAGUCGUUCCUCUGGACACGAACGCACUCUGUUGGCGUUCAGGACGACAGCCUGACAAGCAUGCUCAGUAAUCGCAACUUCAAAUUGGUUGAGGAACAGACGGGCAGGGUCAUCGCAGUGUUUACCAGCCCUGUUUGGUCAUUCAACGAGACCGGUCAACUUCAGAUGUAUGUGAACUACGGACGGGAAUUUGACCUGAUGGCACUUACCACGGUGCUGGGGUUAUAUGAGAAGGCCCGACGACGCAGAGAAUCCUCUGCCGCCACCGCCUGAGGAUGAAUUUGCGAAAGAUACCAGAUUGAGCUUCCUGUGAUAUGUUUGUAUGAUACCAGUUGAGCUAUGGUCAAAAGUCGAGCAUUAUAAUUAUCUCUACGUACUAUGUAUUAUUCUGAUCAUUCUGAUUUUGGCCAAAG